AGAGCGACAUUGUCAGAACCGAUGUUCAAUAUUCUGGCUUGUAAAUGUAUUUUACCAGCUUGUUUUUCUCAUAUGUGCUCCUGCAUGUCAUGUUUGAGGGAUCAGUUGCUCAAUCUGAUUGCAGUAAUUGUUGUGAUGAACGUAAUUAUAAAAAGAUUGAUGAACCUCGCCGCAGCAUUAGAAGUAUAUGGAAAAAGGGACAAAAAGCACUGUGCGAUAUACAUCUGCCUUGGGGUUGGUACCGCUUUACAAGUUUUACGGGUGGUGAGAUGCCUACCUCCGUUGUCAGUCCAAAUCGCUGUGGCACGUUAGCUCCAGUUUGGAUAAAAGGAGAGAAUCCCUCAGAGCAAGACGAAACGGUGAACCGUAAAGCAUGCAUAAACAUUUUUGGUAUAAACUAUGGUUGUACGCAAUCGUUUACUACAAAGGUCAGGAACUGCAGCUCAUUCUACGUCUACUACCUGAGGCCCACGUACUCGUGUGCUAUUGCCUACUGUGCUGGUACUAAAGAACCCUGUCCUUAUGGAAAAGUCGGGGAGCCAGAUAACUGUGUUGAUCAACCAGUUCAGUUUAAUAUGUCUCUGAUCAUGGAACCAAAGAUAGUCUAUGAACCCCAAGGGGAAGACCCCGCCGUGAACCUUCGCUGUGAGGCCAACUUAGUCAAUCCGAGUAUGAAGUCCUGGCAUAAUGUUUCAUAUCGGUUCACUUGGUACAUGGAAGGAAAACAUAUACUCACAGAUGACAUUUGUGGACCAUUAGAGCCUGGAAGUACUCAAUAUGAUUCCGAAUGCCCUGGAAAACCCUUAUUUUCUCGACUCGAGGGCAGUAAAAACUAUUAUCAGCCAAAUAGAUGGAUAUCCUGCAACGUGACGGCGCGGUAUACCACAUCGCCGAUGAAUAUUUGGAGCACACCCAAGUCUGCUCUCUUUCCCUUCUUUGCGGGUAUAAAGGUUGAACCAACUAGAUUAACUACCAGGGAGUGUUCCCUCGACGGAACUUACAUUACUAUAACACCAACAAUACCCGUUAGGAAAGGUUUUCUUAAAAGCAGCUUAAGCAUUGGUUUUUUUUUACCAACUGGUAUUUAUCUGAACAAUGAUGACUGUGAAAUUACCUUCGAUGGCCUUGAAUCGAAAAAAGUUCGUCUACAUACCGAAUGCACGAGCUUUCGUGCUUCCAAUUCAGAUAAAUUGAUCUAUCCUCAAAUCAAAAAUACACACAGCGAAUUUUGGAACAGUGCAAGGGACCUCCCUGCUAUUUGGGUGUCUGUGAUAGACGAAUCAGACAGUAUUGGUUAUUGUGGAGCGUAUAUGGAUCCACAUUACCAAUCAUUUUCGUCUUAUUUCACCUUUAUGGGACACGGAGAUUUCAUCCUCUAUCGCAAUGCAGAACGAAACUUUGAGGUACAUACCAGGCAAUGGGUCUGUUCGGAAAACGCAGACACCUGUAACUGCGGGGCUGUUCUUCGAGAUCACAAUGAUGUGAUUGAAUUCAACUGCUGCAAUGAAAACCUCUAUUUUGAUCAUACAACUCCCAUACAAGUUAGAGUACGCAGCAAAAAAAAAUUGGCACCUGGAAUAUCGAUCAUACAAACCAUCUCAGGGUUCAACAGCGAGUAUCGGGUUUUGUUCCCUUCAGGCGGGAAAGUAGAGAUCUACCGAAAUUGGUUUGGGCUUAAUGUUAUCCUUUCGGUUCCUCGAUCCAAAAAUGUUUCCAACGAAACCGGUUUAUAUUUGUAUAAUUACGAGCCAGAUGUAAUAAGUUUUGGAAAGGAGUUCAGAUUGGAACCAUCUCAAAGCUACUUCAACAGACUACCGGAUCCAGUUAAUGACAUUGCUGUGGAAUACGAGAUUCCUUGCCCAUGUGGGGGGAGAAAAGACCAGAAUGAUGAUUCAGAUUGUAUUCAACAGCUUCCAGUGUACUUUCCCAAUGUUAUGGAUAAAAGUGGGAGAGUGAUACUGUCCACAGGAAACUCUAACAGGAAAAAAAGGGACACACAUAUCUCAGACGAUCUCACGGACGAAGACUAUGCGCUAUUCAAGGGGUUUGUUGGAUCAAACAAAUCACAUAGACACAAACGUGCAUUGUCAACCAAGCGUAACUUUAUAAGGAAAAAUGCAACGGACUACUGUAUGCAAAAGGUCUCUAAAACAGACAUUGGUAACUUAUGUGCUACACUUGGAGUAAAUGUCGCGGAAAUUGUUACUUCCUGUUCCAUCGACUUAGAGGCGACUGGUGACCCAACGUUUGCGAUUUCUGCAAUAUCAGUACUUAUGAAUGAUUGUGGUCAAAUUGCUGCCAGAAACCUUUCAUCGUAUUCUAAUGAGAGUAACGAUCAUAAACAAGGCAACUCGAGUUCUUCCAUCUUGUCUAACAUUGCUCAGCUAAUGUGUCCGAAUGAUUGCACGUUAAAUGGCAAAUGUGUCAAUGGCUCCUGCAUCUGUAAUGAGGGAUUUACCGCGAAGGAUUGCGCAAUGUCACUCGGAAACGCACCAUUUAUAUCUAUGUUACAGGGUGGUGGUCUCUGUGAUAAGCGCCAACGGCCAUGCAAGAAGGCGACUGUGAUGGGAAGUGACUUCAUUGACUCGACAAACCUAACUUGUCAUGUGAAAGAGUACAUGGUAAUAAAUAGUUCCUGGACUCCAAACAGAACAAUACAGUUAUUCCCUGGCGUUAUGACAGAUUUGGUAUUAGUAGAAUGUCAUUUGCCUGAUUCCCCCGUCAAGCAACGUUUCUUUGAUGACGUCAAUGAAGGAACUCCUGCAGCAGGACUCACAAUAUCAGUAUCAAAUGACGGCGAAAACCCAAGUCAUGAGGAACUAUCAUUUAUAUCAUACGACUCUGGAUGCAUGAGUUGCAAUAUUUCUUCAGGAUGCUUUCUCAAAAGUAACUCUUGCUUGAUUAAUCAAUACUGCUUCGCCGCUAACGAAAUGAACCCCCAUGAUUUUUGUUCUCAAUGUCUUCCGGAUAUCAACAAAAAGAAGUGGACAAAACGACAAGUAAACCUUGCCCCAAAAUUUGCAUCAACCUCUCAGUAUUACGCAGUCUUUCAAGAAACUCUGGAGUUGCCUAUUGACGUUCUGGAUCCAGAAGGCAUGCCCGUGGUAGUUUCUCUCGUGAAUGGAGGUCCAACUGAGGCUAUCAUACAUGAUAACAUUUUGAUAUGGAAUGCGACUAAAGAUAUCAUGACCCAUUUCUUCCUCAAAGCUACUGAUGCCUGUCAGGCCUUUUCCACGCACGAUAUCACUGUAUCUUUAGUCACCUGCCAAUGUCAAAACAAUGGAAGAUGCGUUCCUCAUCUAGAUAAACCAAGAGGAUCGGGUUAUUAUGAGUGCCAUUGCCUUCCUGGAUUUACAGGAGACAAGUGUGAGACGGACAUCAACGAGUGUCUAUCAUACCCCUGUUUAAGAGGAAUAUGUCAUGAUGCUCUUAAUGGGUACACUUGCCAAUGCAACGAUGGUUUCACCGGUCAUGACUGUGAUGUAAAUAUUGACGAAUGCAAGUCUACUCCGUGCAUCCACGGAACAUGUGUGGACCAGAUAAAUAACUUUACCUGCCACUGCACGGCUGGCUUCACCGGACCGAAAUGCGAAGAGAACAUAAACGACUGUCUACAACUGACGUGCGGGAAUGGAAAAUGUGUUGAUCUCGUAAAUAAUUACACCUGUAACUGUUAUGCUGGCUUCACUGGUAGAAACUGUGAUAUACCUAUCGAAAAGUGCGCCAGAGAUUCCUGUUACCCGAAAGUCACUUGCUACGAAAAUAAAUAUUCUAUCAUCUGUGGUCCAUGUCCUCCUGGAUUGACAGGAGAUGGGAAAAUUUGUGAAGACAUUGAUGACUGUGUUAAUCACACGUGCAGAAAUGACGGAUCUUGUGUCGAUGGGGUGAAAAAUUAUUCAUGUAACUGUAUGGCAGGAUUCACUGGAGAUCAAUGUGAAACAAACAUUGAUGACUGCUUUAACCACAAAUGUGAUAAUGGUGCAGCCUGUGUAGAUGGCGUUAACACCUUCUCGUGCUCUUGCCUACCCGGGUAUACUGGUGAGCAAUGUGAAACUGACAUCAACGACUGCUUGAAUCACACGUGCACUGAAAAUGGUUUCUGCGUUGAUGGUGUUGACAGUUACUCGUGCAACUGCCUGGAAGGAUUCACUGGGGAUUACUGCGAGACAAAUAUCGACGACUGUAGUGAACAUAGCUGUGCUAAUGGGGCGACCUGUGUAGAUGGUAUCAACAACUUCUCGUGCAAGUGCAUGGUUGGGUUCACUGGUGAACGCUGUGAAAUUGACAUUGACGAUUGCGACAACCACACAUGUGUUAACGGUGCAUCUUGUGUGGACGGGUACAACAACUUCUCAUGCAGUUGCUUGCCUGAGUACACUGGUGAUCGUUGUGAAAAUGCUGUUUUGUUACAUCCUUCACUUGUGACGACGUCUACAGUUAAAGUUUCUGCUGGGUCAUCGUCAUUGGUUCGACACAUCCUUGUAACUGAAGUCUAUGAGGAAACUAAUACAGCUCCACCAAUAACUGUAGAACACGGAACAGUCUUGGCUGCUGAAAUACGUAUUUACAAGAAAUGGAAUGAGGAUCUCAAAGUGGAAACCAGUUCAGCUUACAAAGAAUUAGCAUUUAUUCUUGAAAACGAGAUACGAAAACAGUAUUCUGAUGACGCAAGCUUCAUAGAUGUACAAAUUGUAUCAUUCAGACGAGGAAGUGUCGUGGCGAAAUUUAAGUUGCUAUUCAAACAAAUGGUGUCACAUGAUACAGCACUGGCUCCACUAGUAAAGGCUGUGAAAGACGGCAACCUUGGUCCUUUGACUGUCGAGCCCAAGUCAAUGAAAGUCGUGAAGGAAAGUGAGGGUCAGUCAGAAGCGGCCAAAGAAGACAAAAAAGGGCUGCCCUACCCGCUAAUCAUCGGUGUUUCUUGUGGUGGGAUCGUUAUUUUUGUCCUUCUUGGCAUUUACCUCGUUUGCUUCUUCAAGAAACAGAAGAGGUUUAAGCUUGGACGCACCUCAAAAGGGUUGCGCUCUGAAGUUGCACUCCACGAACAAGAGACCUAUGAGUUAAGAGAAGCGCGGUCUAAAGAGGACAUUGCUAAUUACGAGGAGAUAGGAAUCGUGAAAGGCACUGGUCAUUACGAGAAGCUGCACUUUUCAAAUAAAGGAAAUCUCUAUCAAGAGGUACCAGCUGAUGAUGGUGAUUACCAGGAAAUCAAGAGAACGGAUGAUCCUGACAAUUACGAGAAUAUGAAUGCUGGGGAGGGAGAUGCGAAGUAUUAUGAGGAGAUUUCCAUCUACAAAAAUACUUUGGAAACAGAUUGAGUUGAAAAAUGUGUACCCUCCAUUUAAUUGGUGGAAUUUCCAGCUGAAAGGUUGCAAAACCUUUAUCUUACCCUUUUAGUCUCUGAAAAGGUCACCAGUGACUGCUUUAAAUACGGCUAGGCUGGGUUUACUUUGUUAAAGUACGUCUGCAAGGCGUUGUAAUCACUAUGAACGAUGGUUCGAGGUUUUGUCGUUAACUUUGUUGGAGAUUUGCGCACUUUUAGAUUGAGUGUAGUAAAAACAAGAACUGAAGUAAUCACAAUUGCCAAUAUUUAUUAGAAACAAUAAGGAACCAAAGUAAAAGCAACCAAAUUGCCUUGAGCGCGGGAAAACGCCAGCGACCAAAUCGUGAUUGACUUUAGUUUUCAGUUUUCAUUUACUAGUUUGCUAUCGAGGUAUAAAGGAUGCUGAGAAGAAGAAUUUCAUUUUGUUAAUUACUAAAGCUUCGCCAGACAAAAAGAAUGUAAAUCUGCGCUUCCUAAAAACUCUAUUGCUAAAUGACGCGGCGCUUUUUGAUAUCAUCUCCCUGUAAUUGAAGUUUGUAACAAUGUAACAGCUUUUGUACAGCAAUCACAGCCAAAUUUCAUCAAGAUUAAAAAAAUUGAAAUGACCUCUGUUUGAUGGUCAGCCGAGAUAAACAAUAAAAUACACUCAGUUAUAGGCAAUUACCAUGACCAUCCUGCGAUAUAUGAUAAGUAAAGUCUGUGGAAAUUCUCUCAUUUUGAAAUUGUCUUCGCACCUCGGUCUGCCGGCGGAAUGAAGAUCGGGCGUAUAAUAUAAAGUUCGGUCAUUUAUUUUGUUUUGUUUUAUCUUUUAAAUAAUCUUUUAGAAGAUAUAUCUACAAUCGGCGAAAAAAAUUGUUGACACAUUGACCUUUUCAACGCCCCAUGACUUCAGUUUUAUCGCUAUUGCUCUCCUCCACCCAAAAUGGGUAAAUGGAGGGGUCGGGGAUCUGUUAAUUAGUAUUAGUAGAUUGUAUUAGAAACCG